UUACGUACGUCGUGUGCGGCACUUCCGGUCCAGCGGGUGGAGGAGAGACGUCGUUUAGCAUCCUCACAAUGGGCGAUGUACCUUUGUACGUGACGAACAUCAACGUGUCCAUGGGGCAGAAUGUGGACGUGGAACUGUCUUCUCAGAUUCCGAACCCAAAACCAAUCAAGGAUUCUGAAAACGUGAAGCUGGGCGAUGUGCAGAGGGAGAAGACCCCACGAAGGAUCAUCCAUUUCUCCAAUGGGGAGACGAUGGAGGAGUAUAGUACCGAUGAGGAGGAGGAAGUGAAGGUGCAAGAGAGAAAGGAUCUGCUUAACUCGGUUGAUGCGGAAAGGUCAAAGAUGACUUGGGGUCCAUAUUUCUGGUUUCACAUGUGGAAAGCUGCAACAUCAACCAUAUCAGCAUGCGAUUACCUAGGGGAGAGGAUGGCCUCCUUCUUCGGGAUAACAUCAGCUAAAUAUCAAUACGCCAUUGAUGAAUACUACAAAAUAAAGAAAGAGAGGGAGGAGGAGGAGGAAAGCCGACUAUCAGAAGAGGCAGAACAUUCCAUCACCAGGACAGAGCUUCCUGCCACACCACCUAAUGUGACCUACAAGAUCCAAAAUGAAAAUCAGGAAGCAUGGUAGUCUAAUCACGGCAACCUAACCAUCACUACAUUUUUUUAAACGAUUGCAUUUUUGUCUCAUUACAGAACUUUAUUUAUUUGCCCACACAUGCAUUCAUAGAAACUUUUAGUGAAAUGCUGCAUUCAAAAAGGACUAACAUUGUUCAUUUUUCUCAACUUGCCAUUCUUGUUAUUGUGCCUUUUCUGGAGACGUCGGUCUUCAGGCUAUGAUUGUGUGAAAUGGUUUUUACAUUUUGUGGUAACCGAUGUUUGCUUGAAUUGUCUUUUUAAUUGGGACCCUUUUUUUAGGGCAUGACAAGAUUUUAACGACGUGAUCUUAAAUAACGAUACAUUGAGAAGUGAUCACACAUACUGAUAAUUGUGCCAAAUUUAUGCAUUUGUGGCUUGAAUAUUUGAAUUUAUUUGUAAAAUUUGGAGUCACGCUCUGAAAACAAAACCGAUGACUUCAAAAUAAUGUUUAUUUCAAUUUGCUAUUUAUACCUAUGAUCAAAAUACCAUAAAAAGUUCAAUAUUUUAUUGGUCUGGUUUUGUUUUCCAGACCUGUGUUUUACUGAUCCAACACUUUAUUUAGCCGUUUUAUAUUAUUUUCGGAACAUUGAAAUAAAGUUAAUAAUAAAA